CCCCUCAACAAACCAAACCAAAGAAAAACCUUCCUCUCUUAAUUCUCCCUCUCUCUCUCUCUCUCACUAGAAAUGGAGAUGGAGCCAACACCACCAAUGAUGGCCAAGAAACUGUGGAACACAGUAAGAAUCCUCUUCUACAUGAUGAGAAAAGGCGUAUCAAAGAGCAAGCUAAUGAUGUUUGAUCUCCCUCUUCUCCUGAAACAAGGGAAAAUAGCCGGGAAGGCCCUGGGCAAGUACCUCACCGUCCACCACAACUACGCCGCCGCCCUGAGCUGCCGCUCGAGCGACGCCUCCCUCGCCUUCGUCUCCCCCCGAGAGUACGAGUUCAGCUGCAGCAACAGCCCGGUUUAUCCCUCGUACUACUCCCGCCGCAAACACCACCACGGCCACCACCACCAUCGCGGCGAUAGCUACUACUACGGCCGCCACGACGAGGACGUCAGGGUCAUUCAGAAGGUGUUUGAGAUCUUGAAUCACGAGAUCCCCGAGGCGUCGCCGCUUUACCUGCCGGGGUUCGGGAAGAGUCCGGUGGUGAGGCAGCUGAGGAUAACAGAUUCGCCGUUCCCGGUGAAGGAGACGGAGGAGGACCGCCAUGAUAUCGGUCAGGUGGACAAGGCGGCGGAGGAGUUCAUCAAGAAGUUUUAUAAAGAGUUGAAGCACCAGAAGAAGAUGGCUUCUCCAUCACCUUAUCACAUAUGGGCUAGUUAAAUAGAUUUCAACUCCCUUUUUUGGUGAAGGAAAAACCGAUUUGGGAUCCAAGAUUUUGGCAUUUUGCCCAUGCAGGCAGGCUCAUGUCAAAAUUAUAAUCACUUUGUGCACCAUUGAAGGUUGUGUUUGGUUCAUGGAUUUGUGGAGAGAUUCAGGCCGAAAGUGAUAAAAUUUUGCUACGUACACUCCUACCGACUACUCCUCUUUCACAUAUAAGUUGGUCCCACACAUGGACCCACACGUAUGUGAGAGAAAAGUGAUCAGGGAGUGACCGGUAGGCGUAUCCAAUAUUUCAUUAGGUAAAAUAUUUAUCUUAUAGUAAUUUCUCUACUUUUCAUCCCUUGGGUGAAUCUCUCUGCAUGUUCAUCAUCAUCCAAACGCAGCCUAAUUACUGGUCAUGAAGGCCUUCUUCUUUGGAGGUUGCAGCAAGGGAGAGAGCCCUGGGCCCCCGGCUUCAACGCCAAUUAACUAUUGUGGUUUUGUUCUAUAGUUUUUCUUGUAAUUAUACCCUCCGAAUGUUCGGACCAACUUAUUCGCUUCUCUAUCGCUCAUCUUUUGUCCCUGUGAUUUCAAUGGUGUUGCUAAAGAAAUAAAGAUUAUGCAUGCUCAGUUUCUCUUC